AUGCUUUUAGCUUUUUGGCAACAACACGACGAUGUUUAUGCUGCGCUCGCGACAGCUUACGAAUUGCACUCGACUCAAUCACCCAGUGCACUUCCUUCGACCAACUUCGAUUUUUACAUUUCGACACUUCGCAAGAACUUUCACUCACUAUCGGAUGAAUCACAUAUUCCCGAAGCUCAACCAUCGCCAACCUCGUCGCAACACCGCCUCUGUUCACUCCCAUCGCCAACAAUGGGUCGGCUGGCCAAACACAUCGCCGCGACGGCUGCUUUCGCAGACAACAUGCCUCCAGCAGAUAAGUUGCCAUCUGUGUCCCUUAUUGAUGCAUUGCUUCCUCGAAUCUGGAGCAUGUCAAGCGCGAGUAAGAAAAAUCACCAUCUACCACCCACCACCCACCACCCACCACUCAUCAACACCCGCAACAGCCAGCCAUCUGCCGUACUAACAAGCCGCUGCCCGCACCACGCCCAAGCCAUGUGGUGGCACCCAUUCAUCGGCCUCUUCGUGCCGAAGAUCAAAGUCUCCCUACUCGAUUCUAACACUCAACAGCCUUUAGAUCCGUACGUACAGAUGCCACCUGGCAGCAUCCACACCGACAUCAAGAAAGACAAGGAUGGCAAGAUGGUAAUGGUCCGUCAUCGCUCCAAGAACGACAGCGUAGUCAAUGGCAACAACAACGUCGCGGUCAAGAACGCCAAGAAGAACAAGAACGACAACGAUGGAGGCAAGGAUACGGGUGGCGAUGGCGCUGCCUUUACCGCAGAGGAGGAUGCGAAGCUCAAGGAGUUCAAGGAGAGCAACACCACCUGGAAGAACAUCGCUGCGGAGAUGAGUCGUGCACAGCACGAGCUCAAAGCGCGCUGGAAGGAGAUCGAAGGCAAGCCCGACACUGGUGGCGACCAGAAGAAGAACGACGGUGGUGGAAAGGACAACAAAGCGGACGGCAACGACCAGAAAGACGGCGGAGGUGACUUUUCCAAGGAAGAUGAUGACAAGAUCAAGGAGAUGUUGGCCUCCAACACUGGCUUCAAGAAGAUCGCUCAGGCUCUCGGUCGGAACCUGGACGGUCUCCUCAAGGAUCAUAUCAACAAGCUCAAAGCCGAGACCGGUGGCGACAAUGCCAAGAACGACAAGGGUGACAAGGGCGACAAGAAGAACGACGACGACUUCUCCAAGAAAGACAAGCAGAAGAUCAAAGAGCUGCUUGAGUCGGGCACCGGCUACAAGCAAAUCGCAGAAGCUCUGGGCCGGGCCAGAGUCGAUCAGCCUCUCAAGGACGAGAUCGCCAAGAUCAAAGCCGAAGGCGGCGGCGACAAGAAGAAGGACGAGGGUGGCAGCAAGGACAAGGAGAAGAAGAAAGACGGAGACGGCGGUGGGAAGAACGAGAAUAAGAAAGACAAGGAGAAAUCCAAGAAGGACGAGCCCAAGAAAGCCGCGAGCAACGCACCAUCCCACCGCAGCCACCGCAGUGAGGCGCGGUUCACCAUCGAGGAGUGGAAAGCCUUGCAGGGGGAUGAGUUGUUCACCUUUGAUGAGCUUCAGCUGCUCUCGGAGAUCAUCAUGAGGGAUCCUGGCCAGUCCUGGCUGGCGGUUGCAAGUCGUUUCCUCGAUAAGACUGGUCGUCGUGUGCAUCCGGAUGAUGUUCGCGAUAAGUUCGAUCAGAUGGCGAAGAUUCGUCGUUGA